AUGGCUCUUGCAAGCAUUCCCAUACCAUCCCCAGGCUCGAUCCUCGAAAUUGGCCUGCUCGCCAUUUCCGCAGCUCUCAUUCUUCGCGUAGUCUAUAAUCUCUACUUCCACCCGCUCUCCAAGUACCAUGGACCGUGGUAUGCAGCAUCCUUCUCUCUAAUUCAUGCUCUCAUCUCCGUCAUGAAAUAUGAGCCGCAAUGGAUGCUUUGGCUGUCAAAACAAUACGGAACGGACAAGCCAAUCCGUGUCGCACCAACCCUUCUUCUGUUUCCUCAGUCAGCCGCCCUUAAGGAUAUUUACUGGGAUCCAAAAUGCAACAAUAAGUCCAUGUUCUACGGCACAGGCUCCCUUGGCCCGCCGCACUUGUUCUCGACCCUCGAUGGAAACGUCCACAAGUCCCUUAGGAAAGCUCUUGGAGGGCCUCAGUGGUCCAUCGGCGGCCUCAAAAACAACUGGGAACCGCGCUUCGACUCCCACAUCCAGCUCUUCAUCAGUCGCAUGUCCGACUUUGCCCGCAAAAACGAGCCCGUAAUCCUCUCCGAUAAAGUAGCCGAAUUCGCCGCCGACAUCAUGACAAUGGUCUCCUUCACCGACCCCUGGGGCUUCGUCACGAACUCCCGCGACGAGCGCAACAUGCUCGCCAGCUGGCGCCGCGGCCUCGUCUCCUUCGGCUUCGUCAAUCGCUUCCGCUGGCUGCGCGACCGCGUCACCCGCGUCUGGUGGGGCCACUUCUUCCUCCCGAGCACGAGCGACGACGUCGGCAUGGGCUACCUCAUGGCGCAGGCCGACAGGCAGGUCUCGGAGAGGGAGCGGCGGAUGGAGGAGGAGGCGUUCACGCAGGAGAAACCUGAUUUUAUGCAGCUAGCCCUUGAAGCCCGCAUCGACGGCAAGCCCCUCACGUCCUCGCAGAAGCGCGCCCAUGUCACGCUGCUCAUUCAGGCCGGCGCCGACACGACAGGCACAGCCCUGGGCAGCACUCUUCGCUUCCUCCUCACCCAUCCUUUGGCCCUCGCCCGCGCCCGCGCCGAGAUAUCGGCUGCCGAACAGGCGGGCCACCUCAGCCCGACGAUUCAGUACGAAGAGACGCGGACGCAUCUGCCCUUUUUCGUGGCGUGCAUCAAGGAGGCGAUCCGGCUGCACCCGUCCGCGACGAACCUCUUCGCCCGGGUGGCGCCGGCCGGGGGCAAGAUCGUGGACGGGACAUGGGUGCCGGCCGGGGCGGAAAUCACGGCCAAUGCGUGGGUCGUGCAGCGGGAUCCGCGGCUGUACGGGCCGGAUCCGGAGGCGUUCCGGCCGGAGAGGUGGUUGGAGGGUGAGGUUGGGGGUAACACGAAAGAGGCGAUUAGCGAGAUGGAGGCUUGCAUUUUUGCAUUCGGGAUUGGACCGAGGGUUUGUCUGGGGAAGGAUGUUGCGUACAUGGAGAUGUACAAGCUGUUGCCCGAGACUGUUCGUCGCUUUGAUUUUGAUAUGAAGAAUGAGGGCAGGAUUGUCGUUGUGGGUGGCAUUGCUUAUAACGAAGACUUUGUGGUUCAGCUUAGAAUGAGAGAGUAG